GUGUUUACGUGCCGAAAAUAAUUAAUAAAUAAGAUUCGCAGCUUCCAGAGCAACUGACUGAAAUAAUAGUUUAAGUUAUUUCAUGUUAAUUUGUUGUUUAGACAUUUUACCGCAACAUCGACCAUACCAAAAUGGGAACCGAGUGGGAUGCACUUCGGAAGCAGGCUCGCCAUUUGGAAAACGACAUCGAUAUGAAAUUGAUUGCCUUUAACAAGGUUGGCGUUGGUGCAGCUAGCUCUUCUGCGACGGCUAGCACCACGGACACGUCACCUCUGCUAGGGGACCAUGUCUUUGAAUCGCUAUCACUGGAGAUAGAGCAAAUGCUGGACAAACUGUCCAACAUUAAUGAAAAGAUGUCCGAGAUUCCGAACAGCGGUGCAGCCGUCAUGCAUGUACUACAAAGACAUCGCGAAAUACUGCACGGAUACCGGCAGGAAUAUUUGAAGAUACAGGCAAACCACACGACCCGCAUGGAACGCGAAGAGUUGCUGCGAGGGUCUGGGUUGGGAACGUCGUCUCCCUCAACGUCCGGGUUGAGUCGUCGUGACAUGUACCUCAAGGAAAACACCCAUCUGCACAGUUCCAGCUCGCUAGUGAAUGACCAAAUCAGCAUCGCGAUGGAAACAAAAGAACAUCUAACAUCACAGCGGCAACACUUGAAGCGGUUCCAAACGCGUAUGCACGAUAUAUCGAACCGCUUUCCGCUUAUAUCAAGCCUAAUCCAACGAAUCAAUAUACGUAAGCGAAGAGAGUCACUUAUAAUUGGCGGCGUGAUAGCGGUCUGUACAAUCUUACUACUGUUGUACGCAUUUCACUGACUUUCCCGUUGUUCGUCGCUAUUGAACUAAAAACAUCGCUACCAGCGCAUUUUAUAUGUUUCUUUUACUUUAUCUUUCGGAGCGGAAGAUUCCAGUCAAAAAGUUAAUUCAAACCACGGUGUCUGUUGAUGAUGUGUAACAGUUUGUAUAAAAAAAACCCCGCAAAUAAAUAAUGUGAUAU